AUGGUGGUGGCCAUCCUGCAGUGGUGCUGGCCCCCUCCACGCUCAGAUUUGGGAGCAGCAGGCUCCAGGCUGGAUUUUAGGCACCACCUGGAUGGGCUAAAGGUUAAGACCAGACCUAAAUCUUUGUCCAGGUGCUCAGCUCGGUCCCAGCCUUUGGACGGGUUCUGUGUGAGCUGGUGGGGCAAGGCAGAGCUGAGCUCCAGCCCCGGUCCCACCCCUGUCCUCAUCCUGAUCCCUGUCCCCAUCCUGAUCCCUGUCCCUGUCUCAUCCCUGCCCCAAUCCCAAUCCCAUCCUCAUCCCUGCCCUGUCCCCAUCCCCAUCUCAAACCUGCACCCAUCCCUGCCACCAUCUCUGUCUUGGUUCCCAAUCCAACCCCAUCCUGAUUCCUGUCCCCAUCCCAUCCCCAUCCCUGACACCAUCCCUGUCCCCAUACUGGUUCUGUGCCAUCUCCAACCCUCAUCCCUGUCCCUGUCCUCAUUCUCAUCUUCAUCCUCAUUCCAUCUCCAUCCCUGUCACCAUCUCUGUCCUGAUCCCUGUCCCUGUUUCACCCUUGUCCCAUCCCCAUCCCUUACACCGUCCUGGUUCCUGUCCCAUCUCAUCCCCAAUCCCUUUCCUGUCCCCAUCCUAUCCCAUCCCAUUCCCAGGGUGACAGCCCAGGACUCAUCCAGACCCUGGGGAAGCCAGACCCCCACCCCGAGCUGUCCCCACAUCCACCUGCCUCAUGACGAGGGUUUGGCAGCGCCUCCAUCCAAUGGAAACUUCUUUUAUCUCCAAAAAUUCCUCUGCUCUCGGACGGGGAGAACUCGGGCUGCUCCAGGCUGGGAUGGUUCCCCUGCCGCCCACAGCUCGCACAAAGGCUCCUUCAGCCGGACAGAGCCACCUUUGUUCGCCCCGCUCCGAGCGCGGCCGCGGGGCAGGACCGGCACCAGCCCCCGGCUCCGGAUCCGCUUCCCGGGAAUCUCCGGGAAUGAGAAAAUCAGCGAACCGCGAGGUGGUGGGAGAUGAGCGCCGGGGGCAUCGCUGCUUGUCUCGGAUUUACUCCCUCCCACCAAUCCCAGUAGGAUUUUGGUCAUGAUUUGGAUUUAACCAAACCGGGAUUGUUUAAUAUCCCCCCCUGGAAUGAUGGGUGGGGCUGGGGGGAUCCAAGCGAUGCCGACCCCCGCAGCCCGGCUGUCCCUGCCCGAAUCCUCUCCGUGCCGAUAAAUCCCUUUAUUGUGCCUCCCUCCCCAUGGAUAAUCCAGGCAUGGCGGGGGUGAGACCUGGCCCUUCCCAGCCCGGGACCCCCGCGAACCUCGGCCGGGACAAUUCCCACCCCUGCUUCCAUCACAAAAGGGGGACACAAAAUCCCUUGAUAAGGAGAGGUGGAGGAGCAAGAGCCGGGGAUGCAGCGGGAUGGCGAUGCCCCCCGAGAUGUCCCUGGGAUGUCCCCGGGAUGUCCCUGGGAUGUCCCCGGGAUGUCCCAGGAUGUCCCCGGGAUGUCCCCGGGAUGUCCCCGGGAUGUCCCUGGGAUGUCCCCGGGAUGUCCCCGGGAUGUCCCUGGGAUGUCCCCGGGAUGUCGCCGGGAUGUCCCCGGGAUGUCCCCGGGAUGUCCCUGGGAUGUCCCCGGGAUGCCCCCCGAGAUGUCCCUGGGAUGUCCCCGGGAUGUCCCUGGGAUGUCCCAGGAUGUCCCAGGAUGUCCCCGGGAUGUCCCCGGGAUGUCCCUCCGACCCCCGGGCGUUGCACCCGGAACCCACCCAGCCGCAAAUCCUCCAGCAUCAACCCCAGAGCUGGAUUUAGGUGCAAACGCAGCCUCCGGAAUUACCUCCCAAAUAUCCCUUCAGACUUCUGGGUGAGCUGGGGAAACUGAGGCAGGAGGGAUGUCUCUGUCUCGCAUCAGAGCACCGGGAUAUGGGCAAAGAGGAGGCACUUGGGAGGUUUGGUCCUGAUGUCACCAGCAGCACCGACAGCAGGAGAGAGGAUUUCAUGAUUUUAACGACAGGAUAGAAGUUUUCCAGGAGUCUCCCUGUCCACAUUUCCCUGCCCACCCACAUUUCCCUGCCCUGGCAGCAGCGAGCCCAUCCCUGGGUACCCAGAACCCGCUGGAAAAAGGAUGAGGAUCCUGGUGCCAACCCAGGCUCGACCCCUGGAGAGCUCAGGGAGCAGGUUAUGAAUGAUGCCAGGGAUUUUGGGGUUCAUGCCAGCGGAGGAGGUGUCUUGGGAUGUGUUUGGCAGCACGGGGAGGAGGAGGAUGGAGAGGUGGAAGUGGCCACAUCUCCAUAAAGGCCCUUUGGAAUAUUUUAUUGCUGCUCUCCCCACCUGUGGCCAAGAUCUGGGCACCACGAGGCUGGCACGAGGCUGGCAGCUCUGGCAGGGGCCAGACGCUCCCAAAAGGUUUGGGACAGUGCCAGGAAAGAUUGGGUUUAAUCCCAUGCCAACAGCUGCCCUGGCCCCAGAUUAGCCCUGGCACCGUUCCCCUUCCCUGACCUUCCCAGGCCACCCCUCCACGGUAACUGGAAACCCCCGGCUCGUGUUUCCAGUCUCGACAUCCAAUGUCAGAUCCUCGAUGGAUCAUCGGCGUUGGGAUGGGUGGGACUCCUGGAUUUAGGGAGCAUCCUGGGGUGGAGGGUUGGGAGCUGCUUCCAGCUCUGUCCGUGCUCAGAGAGGAAAAAUGAAAGGGAAAAGUGAGCCUGGAGGGUUGGAGAACAGCAUUCCAAAGGGGCAUUCCCAAAGCAGCACCCCUGGGGUUGCUGGGAUGAUGUUUCACUGGAGUUCAGCCUUUUCCAAGCUCCCAUCCCCAUCUGGGACCCCUCAGCACCCUGCCCCCUCACGACUGUCACCCUAAAAAACACAACCCCUGAAAAAUGAGCUCCCUAAUAACAGUGACCUCAAAAAACAGUGACCCUAAAAAAAUGUGGGCCCUAAUAACUAUGACCCCUUAAAAGCAUGAUCCCUAAUAACCCCAAAUGCUAAUUAUUGUAACCCCUAAAUCUGUGACCCCUAAUAACCCCAAACCCUAUUAACUGUGACCCCUAAUAACCCCAAACCCUAAUAACCAUGACUGUAAAACGAGGUCAUUAAUAACUGUGACCCCUGAACACCCUGACCCCCAUUGACCAUGACACCUCAAUAAUUGUCCCUCUCAAUCCUCCCCAGUCCCCAAUUCUUUUCCCACUGGCUCCACUCAUUUCCCCUCAGGGCACAACCCUUGCAAACCCCAUUUCCACCAGCCCCUUCUCCACCCCUCAUUUUCCCCUCGAUAUUUAAUCCCCCUCUGUUGAACUGGGAGGAUUCCCCAGCUUUUCCCAGCACAGAGAAGGAACAAAACCAGUUUGACCCCCCCAGGUACUCCCAGUGCUGAGCUCAGGUGAGCUGCUGGGCACGGACCCAUUUUUGGGGUGACUUUACAUCUCCCUGCCCUCAGAUUAAUUUGUUUGACACUGGAAUUCUGCCCAGAUCGGGGCAGGAAUAAUGGGAUUAUCCAGAGCCUGCUGUGGGAUAGGGAAGCUCAUUACAGAGCAUUAAAGAGAAGAAAAUUGGGUUUUUCUAAGUUCUUAGAAAAACCUCAAUUAACUUCCAGGUGCCUCUCAUUUUAGGGUCAUUUUGGGGUUUCUUUAGAGUCUGCUCUGCACUCUCUCUCUCCUUAUGGACACAGAAGGAACUUCCAGGAUCCCGGAGCAGCUGGGGAAGGUGUUCAGCUCCUGCAGGUGUUCCCAGCUUUGGGGAAACUGAGGCAGCGCAGCCCCAACCCCGCACAGGGGACAUGUCCAUACCCCACACACACCCCAGAGCACCCCGGGAGCCCCCAGAUUUCCCAGGAAAACCGGGAUGAACUCCCCUGAAGGAAUUUUCCCCGGGAAAACUCCAGAGGGGAGGGGAAAUCCACCCCGGUGGUGGGGGACCGGGAUCCCCCCAUGGUGGAUAACCCGAAGUGAUCUGAACUUUUUCUGGAGGAAAAAGGGAGGUUUUAACUUUUAUUCUCCAGCCUCCCUGAGUUUUGCAGCUUGUCAGGGACCAACACUGCCAUCUACCGAGCCUCGUCUCAUUAAAUCGUUUAUUUCUGUUUUCCCCACGUUUUUAAGAAUAAUCGAGGCCUUUCAAGCCAGCUCUCUUCUCUCUGGAGUGGAUCCAGGUGCCCAUCGGUGCCAGACCCCCAAAUUCCCCUCAGCGUGGUUUUGGGGGGCCUUUUAUGGGCUCAGGGCUGUUAUUAUAUUAUUAAUAUAAUUAUUAAUAUAAUAAUAAUAAUUAUUAACAUAUUAUAUUGUUGGCUUUUCGCAAAUAUUAAAAUGAAUGUUAUGUGUAUAAGAACGGGAAAUUUUGUUGUAUUAAUAUAGUUUUCUUUAUUUCUGUUAUUGAUGAAACUUAGAAAUAGUAGUAUAGUACAUUUAUGUUAGGCUAUGGCAUAGUAUUAAAAUAAAAAACUGUUUUUGUUUGUAUAACCCAAAGACUGAGGAAAAAAAAAUAGCUAGAGAACUCCUGCAUUUGUAAACUUAUUAUUAAAUAAAUUAUCCAGAUGAAGACAGCAGUGACCAGAACUCUGGGGGGGAGGAAUUUAUUGCAUUUCUGGUAUCAGAGAAUGUAAAUAUCGAUGGCACCAAGAGGAUUGAUCUGUUGAGAAGGGGGCAAGAGAAAACUAAACAGAAGAAUCCCAAAGAUCCUAAGAAGAAUGGAUGAAUAUGUGUGAGAAUUUAUGGAUCUGUAGCAGGGUUCUGUUUUUAAGGGACAAUCCUUUGCUAGUGAGGUGAAUGCAGAGACACCCGGCCAGAUCUGUAUACUUUAUUUUUUUUCUCCUAAUUGUCUUUUUUAUUAAACUUCUAAACUCUAUAAAAAUUAUGUGAACCUCGUUUUCCACGGGGCUCUGUGGAUACCUGGACAGCCGAGGCACAGCAGGGGAUCAGGAUUUUGUGGGGUCCAGGCUGGGAUCGUGGCUGAGGAAACUGAGGCACAGCCCGAGCUCGUCAGGCCCAGGGGAAUCCACCUGUGCCUCGUUUGGCCCGGGGUAUUUAAGGCACUUUUUCAGCGAUUUCCCCCCUUUUGGAGAGUCAGCUCAGAGGGUGCAGCUUCUGUCGUUCUGUGCGAUGGGGGAGCCCGGCAGAGCUGGGGGGUGCCUGGGUGUCCUGGAGCCCUCGGGGGUCUCGGAGCCUUUGGGGGUCUCGGAGCCCUCAGGGAUCCUGGAGCCCUCGGGGGUCCCACAGCCUUUGGGGGUCCUGGAGCCCUCAGGGGUCUCAGAACCUUUGGGGGUCCUGGAGCCCUCGGGGAUCCUGCAGCCCUCGGGGGUCCCGGAGCCCUCAGGGGUCCCGGAGCCCUCACAGGUCCCCGAUCCCCCGGGGGUCCUGCAGCCCUCGGAGGUCCCUGAUCCCCCGGGGGUCCUGCAGCCCUCGGAGGUCCCCGAUCCCCCGGGGGUCCUGCAG